AUGGAAGAAUGCCCCCAACACAUCCGGGUUGUCAGCAGCGAAGCCCGCCAACUCUGGCCAGAAUUCAUCACCAACGACCCGGCCAAAAUUGGGGAAUGCGAAUUCUAUCUCAUUUCUGAAAUGCACUCACAAUUGAUAGUGCAUCACCCUUACCGAACGGUUUUGGAAUUGACAAAGCCACUCGAAUUAACGACCGAGGACGUCAGUCAGGCUACGACAUUGAUUAGCGAUCAUUAUCAGACAGAUUUACCCCUUCUAUAUCCACCGCAUGUCAUCGCGGUGAUGGCUAUAUUACUUGCAGUCAUUUUUGGCGGCGGGGGUGGGGGAGCCGCUCAUCGCAAUCCAUAUGGCCAUGGAGCAAUAGUGGCCAAUCCGCCUUCGAUAUCUACAUCCCUUCGAGAAGCCGGGUUGGGCGUGGCACUGUCUGCAUUGGGUGGGACAAAUGCACCGGGCACAACAGGAGCAACAAGACCAGACCCGAGGGUUUCAAGAAUCGUCACUUGGCUCGCGGAAAGCGAGGUUGAUAUCAAGGCUGUUGUUGAGUGCACGCAGGAAAUGAUAUCAUUGUACGAGGUUAUGGAUGGAGUGAAUAUUCAGCAGUGCAAGGAAAUUAUAUCGAGGAUGAUCAAGACUCGAAAUGCGGAUAAAUGA